AUGGGAGUACACUGGAUAAAAAAAGUAUACCAUCGUGAUAAUUCAAUGAAAGAUGGAUUGAACGAUGAGGUUAUUGUAGAGGAUAUGGAAGAAACCCUCUCACUGCAGUUGUUCUCUUUGUCUCUUCUUCUCUCUAAACCUACACCAACGUUUUUGAAUUCGUUGAACUACAACGUCUUCUCUUCUUCUUCACGCAACCCUCUCUUAUUUUCCCCUACAUCAAAACCAACUCUAACGGCCUCUUAUCUUCGAACUGCAGCCAACCGUAGCGUGUGGUCUUCCUCGAACCCGGCACCUCAAAGAGUCACCACACAAACCAAUCUAAGGCUCAAUCUGUGGCUCUACCCUACACUUCUCAUCUUCAAACUGCCGGCAAAUCGUAGCACCUAA